AUGGAUAGAAGGUUAAUUGUGGCUGCCCAGAUAGGUGAUGUUGACCUUUUGCUCAAUUUGAUCCAAUAUAAUUCCCUAAUUCUACACUAUGUAUCAUUAACAGAGGAAGAGACUCCAUUAUACAUUGCUUCUAUGGCUGGCCACCUCAAUUUUGUACGAAAAAUACUAGAAUUGAAGCCAAAUUUCGCCGAGGUGCUCAACCAAGACGGUUUUAGUCCCCUCCAUAUUGCCUCGGUGAAUGGGUAUUUAGAGAUUGUUAAAGAGCUCUUGAGCUUGAACGUGAAUCGUGAUCUGUGCACGCUGAUGGGUAGAGACAAGAGGAUACCCCUCCACUACGCGGCGAUCAAAGGUAGAAUUGCUCGCUGCUAG